GCAGCACUUCAAUAAAAAAAAAAUAUAAAAAAAAAAAUACAGCCGAUUGCCAAUAGCCAAUUGACAAUUGCCAAUGACGUAGCCGCUGCCAAGGUGGCUGAUUAGCUUGCGAGCAGCAUGAAGGGCAUCUGCGGCGAUGCCAUGCAGCAGCUGAACCAAUGCAUGCUGCUGGCCGACUGUGACAAUGCAUCCGUUGGAAAUGGCAUUGCAAGUGCAACAACAACAACAACAACAGUUGCCAAUGGAAAUGGAAACGGGAUUGGGAAUGCAAAUGAAAGUGGCAGAGGUGCAUCGCCGGCGCGUCGCGUUUUUCGCGCCCGUCAGGUGCAAAGCCUGGCCAUACGGAACACCAGCUCCUAUGACACCAUGGAGCGACCCUUUCGACCCGACAAUCUGCGCGGUCGUUGGGCCAAAUCGGCUGAUUUCUACUUUGCCAGCUCAAGUUACGCCUUCAGCACUAUGGUCUUCUCGGAUGCCCCGGUCUGGGGUCUGUAUUUCGGUGGUUGGAAAUACUAUCUAAGUGCUUACCUGUUGUCAAUUUGUUUUUAUUCACUGCCCAUAUUUCUAAUACAAACUUUUUUGGGACAAUUUUCCACAUCGGGCGCCAUUUCGGCAUUUCGUGUGUCGCCCAUAUUCAAGGGCAUUGGUUAUUCCAUUUUACUGCUUAAUCUGGGCACACUCACUUACUAUAGCAUCAAUGCAGCUGUGCCAUUCAUCUAUGCCGUCAAUUCGUUCCGUAAAGUUCUGCCCUGGAUGAGCUGCAACAAUACGUGGAACACAGCCGAGUGCUCCACGCACAGUGAAUAUAAUGAGGAUGCGCUGAUACAAAAGCCACACGCCAUUGUGGAAUUCUUUCACUCUGUGAUAGGUUCGAUCACAUCAGAUUCCAGCUCUUGGACCAUAUCUUGGCCCAUGGUGCUCGCCAUUAUGGGCAUCUGGUGCAUUGUGCUCGUGCUGCUGCUGAGCAACGUCUCAUUGAUUGGCAAAACACUGCGCUGUGCUGGGGUUGUGAUGUUCAGCUUCUUUGUGGCCGUCUUCGCUUACCUGGUGAUCCACGAGCAGGUUAACUGGGAGUCAUUCCUUGAGUAUCUGCACCCCACAGUGCCCAGCUGGAGUGCCAUUCAGGCCGGACUGGGCACGGCCAUAUUGCAGGCGAGCAUGGUGCUGGGUCCUGGCUGGGGCAGCAUCAUAACGCUCGGCAGCUACAAUAGCUUUCGCAGCGAUUCCGAACGCCUCAGCAUUUGGGUGUGCAUCACCCAUGUGCUCGUCACGAUGAUGGCCUUGAUCUGCGGGCAUGUGGCCAACGAUCAUUUUGAACUGCAUGUGGCCAUGUGGCAUGUGGAGAAGAAGCAUACGAUACAGUUCCUUUAUCUGGCCCAUGCUUAUCUCCUGGGAAGUUUUACCACAGUGCCGCGACUCUGGUCUUUUCUGUUCUUUACCAUCAUCUUUCUAGCCGAGCUGAGUGCAUUGAUCAUUCAAAUGAUGUCGGUUUUGACUGCCAUCUUCGAUGAGUUCGAGCAGCUGCGACCCAGAAAGAGGACCAUUACGAUAUUCCUGGUUCUGUGGCUGAUGCUCAUAUCCCUCUACUUCUGCACCAGGCUGGGCUUUAGCCAAGUUAGCGCCUUGUCCUACAUGUCGGUAUUCACACAGAUCAUCAUCUCCGCCUUGUUAAUAGUCAUGGCUACUUGGAUAUACGGACGCGUGCGCUUCCAAUGUGAUCUCCAAUUCAUGCUGGGGAAAACGAUCUCAAAUUUUAAGAUAACUUGCAUACGAUUCGUGGUGCCCUUUUUCCUCGGAGUCGCCUUGUGGCAGACUAUCUAUAUGAUGUCGGUGAACGGUGUCGAGGACACCUUGAUAUGGGUCAGUCAGAGUCUGAUAUAUCUGGUUGCCCUGGGCUACAUGGUCUAUCGAAUCUGCCAGACCAAUGGCAACUGGCGCAAACGGAUGCGGCAAUGCUUCUCUCCCCACGAUUGGCAUCCGGUGAACGCGGACAAUCGCCGGUUCUAUGAGGAGAUUAUGGGCACCUCCGAAAUGCUUGUCAUUGAUAAUGGCAACGUCGCCUAGCAGAACUGCAUAGUGCCUAACUUACUCAUAAUUUUGGUACUUUUUAUUUUGAUAUUGUACUUAAGCGAUGGACCUGCUACUCAGGUCGAACUGAACCUAAUUGCGUGCAUUGAACAGCUGAAAUAUUUUAGAUGAGCGCAAGUUAUUUCGUUUCUAUUGAAUGUACUGAUAUUUCCCAAAUCUAGUUAUAGAGAACAAUAAACUGGUGAUAUUUGUAGUUGCAUAUAUAUGUUAGAUAUACAUACAUAUAUCUGUAUGAAUAAAACAGCAAAGAGC